AUGUCCAAGAAUAAUAAAGUUUCACUUGAAGAACUUGGCAUUAAUACAGAUCGAUCUGUCAUAAUACCUGCAAAUAAUGAAUCGUCUAAUUUUUCCUUAUUAAAUUCGCCACCAUUUUCUGCAAAGCUGAGAGUGGAAAGUACGGAAUUAGAACUUAAAAGAAUGGAGAACGAAUUGAAACAAAUAGUCGAUGUUCAACUUGUAGUUUUUCAAAAGCGAAAUAAAAUUCAUGGACAAUUGGUGGAGUUAUGGAAAACAAUGAAAAUAUUAGAAACAGAUCAAACGAAUGCUUUAACAAAUGAAGAUUAUGUUCAAGCAGAUAAACUUACUCAUGAUAUACAAGAAUUAAAUAAUAAAAUCAAAACUUUUUGUGGUGUAUUACCCGGAAUAGAACAAACCUUAAAUGAAUUGAGAGAAAAGCAAGUUAAAUAUUUAAAAAGUCAAUCUGAAACAAACAAAACUUUGGAAAAAGAACUUGUAAAGAAAAAGAAAAAAGAAGAGGAUGCCCAUAAGCAAUAUGCUGUAGAUAUGGAGAAUUUACGUAAUAUUGAAACAAAACAAAUUAACGAAAUGCGAAAAGAAAUUGAUAAAGAGAAUAGUGAAAUCGUCUUCGGAUUAGAUAUCUGGAAUAAAGGUGUAGCUGAUCUGAAUGAAAGAAUAGAAGAACGUGUUCGUGAUGAAAAAUUGGAACGUGAAUCGCUGUUAAAAAAGCGUGAAAACGUUCAGACUCAAAUAGCUGAGCUUUUACAGCGUCUUGAAAAACUUAGGGCAGAAGAAAAAAGUUAUACGAGACAAAUCACAGAUGUUGAUUUACAAAUUGAAAGUAUUACUAACGAAUUUAAUGCGGAACGAGAUGAAAAUUCCAGAGAAAAAAUUGAAUUAGACAGAAGAAAACAUGAGAGGCAUGUAGAAGAAACGGAAACUCAUUUACACCAGAGACUUGAACAUUAUCGCAAGAGACAAGAAACAUCACAAGUACAAUUGGAAUCAUUAGAGCAACGUAUUAGUGAAAUUAGAUUGAUGGCUAAAUCAUAUCGUGAAGAAGCUAUCGAAGUUGAGAAGUUGAUAGAACAUUUGAAGCAUCGUAGUCAGAGGGAUAAUGAUUGUGAAAAAGAAAUUUUCGAUGAUACGGAAGUUAAACGAUUAACCUCAAAGGUGAUGCACGAUCAACAAACUUAUUCUAAUAUUAAACAGGAUAUAUCAACGAUAGAUACCCAAAUACCAGCCUUGGAAGAACAAAAAAAGUUGGCUGUAGCAG